AUGUCUCGAGAAGUGAUAGAUGCAGUGCGAAUACCUGAAGGCGAUCUUGUAUGUCUGAAGAGCGUAGAAAGAGGCGGGAAUGAAAUCCAUAUCGCUCAAUUCCUAUCUAGCUCAGAACUUCGUUCACAUCCUAUAAACCACUGCGUCCCCGUCAUAGACGUCCUUCCAGAUCCAAUUGACGCCAAAUCAGCCAUCUUGAUUAUGCUCUAUCUGCGACCCUUCAACAAUCCAGACUUUGGUGCCGUAGGGGAAGUGGUCGAAUUCAUGAGGCAAACGCUCGAGGGGCUCUGUUUUCUACACAGUCAAGGUGUCGCGCAUCGCGAUUGUGCCGCUGCUAACAUCAUGAUGGAUGCCCGUUCGCUAUAUCCCCAAGGUCAUCACCCCGUUCGCCUGGAGGCAAGCCGUGAUGGCAUAUUCAUGCUAUCACCGCUAUCCCGAUCAGACCAUCCUGUCCGAUAUUAUUUCAUAGAUUUCGGCAUAUCCUCAUUAAUCCCAAGGGGUGAAUCUCCUUAUGUUCUUGGGAGGCAAGGAAGAGACAAAGAGUUGCCUGAGAUGUCCUCAGAAGUACCAUACAAUGCCUUCAAGGUGGAUAUAUUCAUUUUGGGCAAUCUUUACAAGAAGGAAUUUCUUCAGGUAUACUACGGUCUCGAGUUCCUCGAGCCUCUAGUGCAAGCUAUGACAGUCCACCAACCAGAUCGGCGUCCAACCGCCGAGGUUGCGUUCGCUAUGCUAGAGGGUAUUCGCCACAAUUUGGACGGCCCUCUGCUACGCUGGCGUCUUCGGAGAAAAGACGAAACUACCCAUGAGCGUGUGGUAUACGAUACUGUUGCAGUCGCUAGAGAGGGAAUGUAUCGCCUCAGACACUUCGUCAAAUAG